AUGGAAGGAGCGGCUGAUAAUCAGCCAGGUUUUGAUCGAAGCCAUGUGACAGAAAUGGAAGAGGCAGCAAAUAUAAUUAUGUCACCGAAUAUUUCGCAUGAUGCUCGAAAAGCUGCCGAACAAUUCUUUCUCAGUAUUCGUAACAGGAAAUUUUCUCCAGAAUAUUGCCGUCUAGUCAUUGAAGUAACAUCCAAUGAAUUUGUUAUCUUUGAAAUGGUUCAGCUUAUGGUUAUGAAUCUGUUCAAACAGUGGUCCAUAUUGCAACCACCGAUUUUUCGUCAAUGUUUUGAAUAUCUUUUAGAAAACGCCGUCCGUAAAUUUAGGGCCUCAAAAUUGAUUCGAGCCGAAAUGCUAAGAGCAUGUGCGAAAUUAAUAAAGCGAUCUAUUUUUGAUGGUAAAGCUUGUGAUGCAGAUACAGUGGACCAAACUGUCCAUUUCCUGUUGACUAAUGAAGAUCCACAACUUCAAGCGGUUGCGUGUGAGUUCAUCGAAGCAAUUGCCAGUGAAUUUGUAACAUCGUGGAGGAUGUCUAAUCUUGGCAUCAGUUUUGAUUUUCAUCUCAGGGCUAGGCGUUCAUUUGAGAAUGGAAGCUUACAACGACUCUUCGAAAAGUGUAUACGUAUUUUUUCCGAACUUCUCUUCACUGCUGAUCUCUCGUUACCAUAUUAUGUAAACAUAUGUGAAAAUUUUCUUCGGGUAGCCGAUUUAGUUCUUUCCUGGAAUUUCGAGGUUCAUCGUUUUCCAAUUCGGAUCACUUUUGCAAAUGAAGGAGCACCCGCUGCAGCAUUAAGACCUCCUGAAUCAUGGAAAGCAAUCUUUCAGUCGGACGAAUUUUUGCACCUUUUCUUCGGGUUACACAAACGAGUUCGUCACAACGAAACACUUUGUAUACACUCAAUGAAUUGCCUUAUUCAGUUAUCUUCAUUGAUGGGACCUGUUCUAAUUGACGAUGAAUCAAUUAUUAAAUUGCCUGCAUCCAGUACUUCAAGCUCUGUUAAUGCUCAUGAUCGAUAUGUGUCAAAUUUCAUCGCUGGUUUUGUAGACAUUUUUGGAAGCGGCCCAUUGGAAAGAGAGAUACUUGGUUUUUGCAUGAUUGUACAUAAGUUACUGACAUAUCAUCGAAUUCUUUCGUUUCCCCGAGCCGAGAUGUCAUUCGUAACAUUUCUAACCAUUUUCGUACAAUGUGUUGAACAUCUGACUCCGAUUGCUAUGCAGAAAGCUUUGGAAGAAGACGAUUACGUCUAUCUUGAAAGUUUACAAAGCUUAUACGAUGGUUGGUGGGUGAUGCUUCGAAAUUGCAAUAUUAUCAGGGAUACUUGCCGUUAUCCUGUUAAUUUUGAAGAAUCAACUAUAACGAUUAUUUCGGCAUUUAUGAGAACCGUUCUGUCGGAACCGUACGGUUGCCGGAUAAAGGUUUUAGUCCAAGAAUAUGACGAAGAAAUUGAUGAUGACCGUGAAAUAUUCAAAGAAUUAUUAAACUCUGUCGGACGCUUUUCUGCCUUUUAUUCCGCUCAGAUGUUACCACGAAUGUUUACAGUUCUGUUUGACAAAAUCAAACAGUUUCUGUCCUAUAUCGAAACAGGCGUAAACGAUGAAAUAUUGAACACAUGGCGAGAAGAUAUGCAUUGGACUUUACUGCUAACUGGUUUUAUAUUAACAGCGAGUGAUGACGAUGGUGUUUCACAUUUGCAAGACGAUAUCCUGGAAUAUUAUGAAAAUGCGUUGUGUGGUGAAGUUGAUGUCGAUUCUUCUGUACUAUAUAUUAAAACUUGCAUUGAUUCACCAAAUACAAUUGCUGAUCCUGCACGAGUAGAUCCUUUAAUAAAAAUAAUAGGUGCCGUCUUGGCUUGGUGUUCCAUUGAGCAUAAACUGUUAGUGGAUCGUGGUGCAGAAGCAGUAAGUCCGGAAUUAGCACGUUCAUCACUAUGGUGUAUGGGGCGUUUGAUAUGUGCCGUGGGUUUUCACGCUAUGAAUUCUAAGGAUAGUGAGCAAUUUGCGGCUGUAAUAGAAAAUAUUUUGCAAACAGUGGUCGAUUUUACGUUGCAGAAAUGUUUCAGCAUAUUAAAUAAUCUUUCAGGGGAACACAAGCUGUGUGUGGAUGCUGUAGAAGUAUUUAUUGGUUUGGUAAAUUCUGUGUGUAAUGAAACAGCAAAAAGUCCUUUUCUUUUUCUAUGUCUUUCAACGGUACAAAUUGAACGAUUACCAGCUCGUCAUUCUUUUGUGAAAGUGUUAGUGCAACUUGGCGGCAUGGUCGACGAUGAAAAUAUAAAGAAAAUUUUGUAUGAAAUGGUUUUGCAACCACUUCAUGAAAGAUUUAUGUUUUUGACUAAGGAACAAGCAAGCUUGGAGACGGACCUCGUUGACUUAAUGGAUUGCUUUGGCGGUCUGGCUGAAGCUGCUCAUAGUUAUAACACCCAUUUCUUAUUUGAAUACUUGUCACCAAUUCUGACAUGUUCAAUUGGUCUAUUGUUAACACACAAAGAGUCUCAGCUUAUUACCAAUGCUGUUCUGGAUCUCUUCAACAGUGUCACAAAGCGUAUGAGUGUCUAUAGUGAGGAUCGUAAUGACAUGAAUUUUCUCUAUGCGACAUUGCUAGAACUUAUUGGAGUUUAUCGGGAUGGACAGUUUACGCGGUAUAAAGUGAUUGACAUUGAUGUCGAAGAGAAAGCAUCCGAUCUAAUAAUAUUAUUAGAUAUUCUUGCCAAUGUUUUAAGCAAGGAUGUCCUAUCGAUUAGUCCUUCAUCUUCAUUCGAUACAACGGAGUUUCCAAAAAGCGGCUCUCGCGUUGCACUAAUUGCCUUGGAGAUGUUGCUACCUAUAAUGGAAGAUGAUUUGCUCAAAUUACCUUUAUUAUGCCGAAAAUUUUAUCGCUUCAUUUUGUAUUUUACUGAAAUGACACCACAGUCUCUUGAAAGUUUGCCCGAAGCAUUGUUUAUAUCAAUUAUUGAAUGUCUUCGUCAUGGCUUGAAGUCGGAUUUCGGACACGAGAUUUCGUUGAUUUCCGCUGAAACAGUAGCCGAAAUGGCCUCAUAUUUUGCUCGACGUACACCAAGGAAUGAAGCAGCUAUUGCACGUCUUGUUGUUCUUCUUGAACCAACGUUUUGGAUGUGUUUAAAUUGUUCCUGGCAAGUAGAUUUGCAAAAUGCUUCCACAGCAGCCCUCUUCUCCCUGAUUUGUUGCAAUCAGGUUGCUUUCGAGGAAUACGUUAAACAAUUGCUCUCUCGUAAUGAAAAUCGCCCGUAUUAUUCGUCUCUGCAUAUAGCAUUUCAAGCUUUAUUACCAGCUAAUCUAGAGUUUCAUUUAGGUCGACGAGAAAAACGUGAUUUUCGUGAUCGUUUAGAGCAAUUCCUGAAUCAGUCGCAGGGUUUGCUUAUUAUUGAAUAA